AUGCAUCUGAUACUUCUCUGGGCCCUCAUCUCAACUGCGCUAGUCAGUCCGCAUGUGUUCGUCGGAGAACCUGCACCCUUCCAGUGGGAUCUCCCAGUGGAAAAGCUGAUUAUGCCAAUGAACGGCGACCCCAACUACGAAGGCCCAGAAUGGGGCCAGCAGCCCUUCCCAUGCAAGGGUCACCAUAGAGUUUCGACUCUUCCAGAGCCUCAGACGACCUGGUAUGUCGGAAGCAGGGCCACAUUCCAGAUCUACGACUCGACCAACACAACUGGCUCUAGCAUGCACGACCCUGGCGCGGCUCACUCUGGAGGCUCGUGCCAGGCAUCGCUUUCUUACGAUGGCGGAGAAACGUGGAUCGUCGUUCAGAGCUGGGAGGGAAACUGCUUGCGCGUGCGAAAAGGCCAAGAAGGACAACUCACCAAUUCUUAUGACACCGAUCAGAGCUACUCGUUCGACCUGCCUGGUUCGCUCCCAGGGGCAGACACAGCUAUCUUUGCGUGGACCUGGCUAAACGCAUCCGGCAAUCGAGAGUUCUACAUGUCGUGCUCGCCCGUAAAGCUGGUAGCAUCACAAUCUUCGAACAGCCUCGCGUCAGACUAUCCGAUGUACACCGCCAAUCUCCAAGCGAGUCCAGAAACAGCGGGCUCGCAGCAUCCGAUGUGGUCUCAGUGCUACAUUCCGCAGAACGUGUGGAUCCGCUACCCCCAACGGUACAAGGGCAUCAAUGCACCAGUCGUAGCGGAACCGCUCCCAAGCGACAGCCAGGUUCAGUUUCUGCAGCUCGAAGACGAUGGCGGAAUGUGCGGAUCAGACAACAAGGAAAGAGUUGAGGCUCUCGGACUUCACUCUGGUUCGAACAGCCAAGAACCGAGUGCUCCGACCUAUACGAGUGAGCUCGCAACAGACCGAGCGUCAUCUGAAAGCGGGCAUAUGUGGUCGGCUACGUGGUCAACCAACUUACCCUCUCCGUCAGACGUGUUGUGGGCUGUGCCAUCCACAGAGAGAUCGAUAUGGGCUUUGUGA